AUGGUGAGGGAGCUCGCGAGGUGGAAGCAGAGACGCGUGGCGUGGGGAGUACUUGACGAAGACGAUGAUGCUUUUCUCAAAAAAUCACUCGUUAAUUCAUCAUCUUGUGUUCCUGGCUUCUUGGCAUUCAGAGAGGUGGCAUUCGGAGAGGAAAAGGCGGAGACGGUGGAAGACGAAAAUGAGCAUGGAGAGGAAGAAAGAGAUGGAAAGAGGUUGCGUAUUGAAAAGGGUGAGCUAAGUGAAAAGGAGGAGAAGGAGCAACAAGAAGCAAACAAAAUUAGAAUUCAGGAGGGUGAACUUAGCGAUGAAGGAUUAUUGAGGGCUGUAAGAUCAUUAUGGUCGUCAUCUUUGUCAUCGAUUGAGCUGGAAAGUGAAAUUGAAACUGCACCAUCACCUCCCAAAAAGAAUAAUACAGUUGUAGGCAACAAUAAAAAUGAUGGAAAACGUAGCACUGAGAAUAGACAGUUGCCUUGGAGGAUUGAGUCGGGGAUGUUCAGUCGGAUUACUCCUGAGUUGUUGUUUCACAUCCUCAAAUUUCUCUCUUCCGAGGACCUUGUUUCUUGCUCAAUGGUUUGUAGAUUCCUAAAGUUUGCCUCUGCGGACGAAUCCUUGUGGCGUCGCCUGUUAGUACUCUUUCCUCUGCUCCCCUUUUACCAGCCCCAACCACCCCACCCACAAACCAAAAAAAGUAAAAAGAAAAAGAAAAAUAAAAACAGAGCCUGGUCCAACAGAGGGGAUUUCUUACCUUUCUACUAAUGCUUUUUACGUGCAUGAUUAUUGCUGUUGUGACAUCUUUUUCAUGUUCUGCUUGGUCGUAUUGCACUUGUAUGUUGAUGAACAAUCUGAUAAGACACCCCCUUUCUGCUGUUUUCCAUGGGCAGCUAUGUUUGGUCUGUGCACCCUAGAAACUUGCAAUCCUCUACAUAUAUUUUUCAUCUAUGAACUUCGAAUGAGAAAAUUUAUAAAUAUUUGCUGCUUGUGGAUAUUGUAUGCUGUGGGGUCUAUUGCCACCUAAAAAGCCGCGUGAAUGUGCUUGGGAGAAGCUUUACAUCCAG